CAUAGAGUAGUAUAUGAUUUAGGGUUUGCUUUCAUAGGAUAAAAAACUAAAAUUUUCCCAAUUUUUGUGCAAUGCAGGUGAUGUUGAUGAUCUGUUUAGUGUUAAGAUCCACCACUAUGGAUUUUUCUGUGGGAUUGGGAAGAACAAGGCAUAUAUGGAGGAAAAGAUCGAUUUUUUUGACCACUGUUCAGGAGAUACUUGGUCAUUACUGUGGCUGCAAGAUCAUCUGGAGAAAUUGGGAUACACUCCUGGUACUAAUUUGGCUGUGUACUGGACAAUUCCUGGCAAAGAUUUAGGAGAUGGACUGAGGUCCUUAACUUGUGAUGCAGAUUCCAUAGCACUGGUUAAUGAAGCUCUCAAAUCAAAGCUUAUAUCUCUAUAUGUUGAUCAUGUGGACAUUAUCAGACGCCAGGAGGAGGAUGUGUUGCAGCAGAAUGUUGAAUUGCCCCAUGUCAUUAGUCUAGUAAAGUCUUCACAUGCAUACAAGGAUAAGGUACAUAAACCAGUUGAAGCUGAUCUAGCUGGGACACAGUUUGCAGUAGAGGAAGAGGAGGGGGAACAGGGGCUAGUGACAGUAGAUUUGGGCAGUGGAAUUGAGUUUAAUGACAGUGAUUAUGAGCUAGAGGAUGAUGAUGAUUUAUAUGCACAUAAUCUUGGUGAUGCAGUGGAUUCAGAUGUAGAUGAUGAUGUUGGUAGCAAGAAAGAAAAGCAAAAGCAAAAGGACAACAAAGCAAAGGGAAAAGGAAAGGAAAAGGAAGUUAAGCUAUAUGACUAUGAUGAUGUUGAUAAGCCACUGCCUAUGCUACAAGUUGGCCCAGAUGAUUUGGGUUAGAACUUCACAGUGUUUGAUCCAGAGGUUGACAUGGUGGAGCCUAAAUUCAAACUGGUCAUGGCUUUUGCUUCUGCCAAAGAACUGAGGGCAACACUUACUGAGUACAACAUCGAAGAGAGAGUGCCUAUUAAGAAAUCAAGGAAUGAUGCAAAAAGGAUAGAGGCUCAUUGUGAACUUAGUUGUCCAUGGUCCCUGUCUGCAGCAAUGGACAAGAGGACAAAUUGUAUGGUUGUGAAGAAAUACAUUGAUGAGCAUACAUGUGAGAGAGAGUGGCAGAUAAAGGCAAUGACAACACCAUAUCUUGCCAAGAAAUAUAUAGAAGAGUUUAGGGUAGAUGAGAAGAUGACAGUGAAAUCGUUUUCUAUGAAAGUGCAAAAAUAGUUUAACAUGAUUGCUACCAGGUCCAAGCUACAAAGAGCUAGAAAGGCUGCACUUGAUGAAAUAUAUGGUGAAGAGGAGGAGCAAUACAAUAGUUUGUAUGAUUAUGGGGAAGAACCGAGGAGCACAAACCCAGGUAGCAGUUUCUACCUAUGCCUGAAUACAAGGAAAAUUUUCACAUCAUGCUACUGGGCUGUUGGUGGAUGCAAGAAGGGUUUCCUAGAGGGUUGUAGACCAGUGAUUUGUGUGGAUGGUUGUCACUUGAAUACAAGAUAUGGUGAUGUUUUGCUCACAGCUGUUAGCAUUGAUCCUAAUGAUUGUAAUGGCUAUUGUGAAGGUUGAGUGCACUGAUAGCUGGCUCUGGUUUUUGAACACACCGAAAACUGAUCUAGGAAUUGGUAACUCAAUUCAGUAUACAAUUAUGAGUGACAGGCAAAUGGGAUUAAUAAAUGCUGUGAGAAGUGUAUUCCCAGAAGCUGAACACAGGUUUUGUGUCAGGCACCUGUACCAAAAUUUCAGAAAACUAUACCCAGGUGAAACUCUGAAGGAACUUGUUUGGGCAUGUGCAAAAUCUUGCAAUGAACCUCUGUUUGAGAGAAAUAUGGAGAAGAUGAAAGUGGCUUGCCCAGCAGGUUAUGAAUGGUUAAAAAACCUUCCUAAAGAGUGCUGGGUGAAGGCCUAUUUUAGAGAAUUUCCAAAAUGUGACCUUGUGUUGAACAACACAUGUGAAGUAUUUAAUAGCUACAUACUUGAUGCAAGGGACAUGCCAAUUUUGACAAUGUUUGAGAAGAUAAGAUGCCAACUAAUGAAUAGGAUAUACACAAAAAUGAAAGAAGCAAUUAACAAAUGGACUGGGAUGAUGUGCCCUAAAAUUUCAAAGAAACUUCAGAAAUUAGUGGAUUUUGCAAAAUCUUGUACUGCUUACCCUUCUGGCAGUAAGGUCUUUCAGGUAACGGGCCAUGACCACACAUACAGAGUUGAGCUAGGCACAUGUACUUGCACAUGUAGAAGAUGGCAACUAACUGGAAUCCCCUGUUCCCAUGGAGUUGCUGCAGCAAGGCGUGAGAGGAUCAAGCCGGAGACAAUGGUUGAUGAUUGCUACAACCUUAAAUUCUAUGUGAAAGCAUAUGGUCAUAGCAUUUGUCCUGUGAGAGAUAAGAAGUUCUGGAAGAAAACCGUAACAUCCUUGUUCAUGCACCAGCAGUAAAAGUAAAGAAAGGCAGGAAGCAGAAGAACAGGAGACAGGCCCCAGAAGAAAUUGAGGAUGGUACAAGACUGAGCAGACAUGGAACAGUCAUUCAUUGUGGUCAUUGUGGUGUGGCAGGGCACAACAGAGGAGGUUGCCCUGAUCUUAAACCAAAUGGUAAAAGAAAAAGAGUUGCAGAAGAGGAGGAAUUUACUGAAAAUGAUGUCCAGUACAUAAAUGUUGAAGCAACUAAAGGUGACACUAUAAACAAUCCAGUAAAUGUGGAUGAAGAUACUCUUCUGUCAAACAUGAUGGAUCAAUUUGAAGCUAGGAGAAGAUGUGAGAUACAACAUCAUCCUAUGCCUUAGGAGUCACAGUUUGUUGCUGCCCAUAGAGAUCAAUUGCCAAAGCAAAGGAGAGUAACCACUGCAACAGCUAGAGGAAUGUCACUUGGACUUAGAAGGGGUAAAUCAACUAGGGGUGGAAACACAUGCAAUGCAAGUUCUCAAGCAGGAGGGAGAGGAGCUAUUCCUAUUGGGAGAGGUUCAGUUUCAAACAUGGGAAGAGGAGUUACUCCUAUUGGGAGAGGUGCAGUUUCACAUGGGGGAAGAGGAGCUAGUACUGUUGGGAGAGGUUUCUUGUCAAACAGGGAAAGAGGGUCUACAAGAAGGGGGAGAGGCUACACCAACACAACCCUUUGGAAUCUGUGCUUUGGCAGGGGAGGCCACACUCACCAACAAAAUGUCCAGGAGGAACAUAGUGGCACCCAGCAGUCCCAGGUCAUUGAUUAGGUUAGUUUGAUGUGUGAAGCACACCUUUUGUAAUAUGCAGCAGCCCCAUUUUGGUUUCAAGCAGAUCUUGUUAAGAUCAUUGUGCCAGACAAGUGUAAAUGAUCUUAGAAAGAUCAUUUUUCAUGCCAGGAUAUGUGAAACUAUUUAUCAAUGUUGGAAACUUAAUGCCAGAAGUCUGAAUCUUUUAUGGAUCAGUUUAUUUCUAUCAAAAUGAUGAGUUUAUUACUGUCAAUAUUUCUGCCAAAAUGUAAAUUUCUGUCAAAAUGAUCCUGUCAUGAUCAUAGCUCAGUUUAUUUCUGUCAAAAUGCAAGUCAAUUGCUAUCAAAUAUAAAACUGAAGUAGGCAGGAGCAUUGCAUUA